AACUCAGCUAGUGUCCGAUGCUGACGUCAUCACUUUACAACAAACACAAUAUUCUCUUUUUUCUCUUCUCAUAAGUAUCUUUUCAACCCAAUUUAACCCAAAAACCAUCAUCAAUUCACUCUUGUUUCUUCACUUUCUUUUCUUUCUCAAAUCUGGGUGCCAUGUCAGAUUCCGGGAAAAUCCUCCAAAUCCCGGAAAACCCACCCUCUUUCUUCAAUCGUUCUCUAACCAUGUCAUCAUCAUCUUCAACAACCGUUCAGCAGAAUAAUAAUAAGCCUAAUAAUAACAACAGCUUCAACCGCACAAGCUCCUUCAAGAAACUCAUCACCUCGGUAGUCGAACCAAAAGUGAAGAAGCUGAAAAACAUAUUCUUAGAAGCCAUCAAAACUACGUCGUCUUCGUAUUCCAACGAAGAAGCAGAGAAAUCAAUAGGACCUCGUUUGGCCGGAACAGAGGAUCGAAUAGUGGUGUACUUGACGAGCUUAAGAGGAGUUAGAAGGACUUACGAGGACUGUUACGCGGUGAGGAUGAUCUUCGGUGGGUUUCGGGUUUGGGUGGACGAGCGUGACGUGUCCAUGGACUCUGCGUAUAGGAAAGAGUUGCAGACCCUUUUGAAGAGGAAACCCAGUUUGCCUCAGGUUUUCAUAAGAGGCAACUACGUUGGUGGUGCUGACGUCAUCAAACAACUCUUUGAAACUGGCCAAUUGGCCCAAACUCUUAAGGAUUUUCGGGUUCGAGAAGCAGUAGGGUUUGUGUGUGAGAGUUGUGCGGAUAUGAGGUUUGUGCCGUGCUGGAAUUGCAGUGGAAGUAGGAAAGUGUUCGAUGAAGAUCAAGGAUCGCUCAGUCGUUGCUUAGAGUGUAAUGAAAAUGGCUUGAUUCGAUGCCCUCGUUGCUCUUCUUCUUCAGUUAAUGUAUAAUGCUCAAUCAAACUGAGCAUCAUCAAAUUAUCUCUUUUCUUCCCAUUUUUGGUAAUAAUGUAAAUAUUUUUAGUAUUGUAAUGAUUAUUUUGUAUGGUGAAUAGUGAGUUUAUUUAUUAAUUUCAUUGCCCUUAACUGAUGUUCUUCACUA